CUCCAGAGCCGCAAACACAAGCCAGAAAUGAGAGCUGGGCUGCUGGCCGAGAGUUCUGCUGUGAUUCUGCUGCUUGGGUUCGUCUGUCUGCUGUGGAUUCUGGUUCUGAUCUCAGUCCAGCAGCUUAUAAGUAGCAGCAGUCCGGGACACUUCAACGCCCUCCGGGCCAGGAAGCAUUUGGAGCAGAUCACCAGCGUCGGGCCGCGGACUGUUGGAAGCCCAGAGAAUGAGAUCACCACGGUCAACUACCUGCUGGAUCAGAUCGAGCAGAUCCGGUCUGAGAGUAAAACCGGACCUCACUUCAUCACGGUGGACAUCCAGCGACCCACUGGCUGCUUCAGCCUCGGCGGCUUCACCAUCAGCUGCUACGACCACGUGACCAACAUUGCUGUCAAACUCCAGCCAAAGACGAGCGCACAACAUUUCAUGCUCGCGAACUGCCACUUUGAUUCGGUGCCCAACAGCCCGGGAGCCAGUGAUGAUGCUGUCAGCUGUUCUGUGAUGUUGGAGGUUUUACAUUCUCUAGUGAAUCUCUCCAUGCCACUCAAACACGGCGUCAUCUUCCUGUUCAACGGGGCCGAGGAGACCAAGCUCCAGGCGAGUCACGGCUUCAUUACCCAGCAUCCCUGGGCUCAGCAGGUGCGAGCGUUUGUGAACCUGGAGGCAGCAGGAGUGGGAGGGAAAGAGCUGGUGUUUCAGACAGGUCCGGAGAACCCGUGGCUGGUCCAGGCAUACGCCCGAGCCGCCGUCCACCCGUUCGCCUCAGUGGUCGGUCAGGAGAUUUUCCAGAGCGGACUCAUUCCUUCAGACACAGACUUCCGCAUCUUCAGAGAUUUUGGGAAUAUUCCUGGAAUUGAUCUUGCGUUCAUAGAGAACGGUUUCCUCUAUCAUACUAAAUAUGACACACCAGAGCGAAUCCACACCAACUCCAUCCAGAGAGCAGGCGACAACAUCCUGUCUGUCCUUAAGCACCUGGUGAUGUCUGAAGAACUGGCGGAUUCCUCCGAGUAUCGCCAUGGUAACAUGGUGUUCUUUGACAUGCUGGGAGUGACGCUGGUGGUGUAUCCCGCUCACGUCGGCACCAUCAUCAACUACGUGGUGGCCGUCGCUACAAUGAUCUACCUGGGCAUGAAAUUCAUCUUAACCAGCAGAGUGGAUCAGAUCUUUCUGCCCCUCUGUGACACAAGUGUUUUGAGGCGUCACAUGCUCUGUGCAGCUGGACGGUACAUAUGUGAGCUGGUGUGUGCGGUGUGUGUGCUCAUCUUGAGCUGGGUCUUCACUCUGCUGACGGUUCUGUUCGUGGCUUUGCUCGUCAAGCUGAUGGGCCGCUCCAUGUUCUGGUACAGUUACUUUUACGCCGCCAUCUGUCUGUACGGAUCUGCUGCCGUUGGCAUUAUCGUGCUGAUCCACACACUGGCCAAGACCCAGUGCAGGAGCACAGGUCGUGUGGAUCUGGCCGAGCUCUUCUUUGACGUCAGUCUGCUGUUGUGGUGUUGUGUGCUGCUCUUCCUCACUUCCCGCGGCUGGUGUUCAGCAUAUCUGCCCAUGAUGAUGGUGGUGUUCCCGCUCAUCAGCAAACUGCUGCUCAGUAGGCACUUCAGAGCCAGAGGAGCGACUCUGCAGUACUCUGUCCUGUACCUGAUGGGUCUUGCUAUACCAUACAUCCACAUCAUGUUCCUCAUCAGGGUGAUUUUUGAGGUCUUUACACCUAUUCUGGGCAGCACAAGCGAAACCCCACCUGACUUCAUCAUGGCGUUACUUGUUGCCCUGGCAACCGUAAUUCUGUCUUCCUAUUUUAUUCAUUUCAUCUAUCUGUCCCGCAGUACGAAGUGGAUCUUGGCUGUUCUAGGGUCAGUGUUCACGCUGAUGUUUGUUCUGGUCGGCUGUGGUCUGUUCUUCCCAUAUUCUGCCGACCCGUCUAGCCCACGACCCAAACGUGUCUCUGUCCAGCACAUCACACGCAGGUUCCACUCGCUGAACGGAUCGCUGCAGAGCUCCGACUCGGGCUUCUGUAUUAACAAUCAGGAUUACACCGGCAUGCAGCACAUCACACCAUAUAUCCCACAGAUCAAUGACAGCAUCUGCACGCUCUGUCAGGAACAGCUGCCCUACUACGGCUUCCCAAGGAAGAGCUGGUAUCUUCCGGCUCCUGAAGUCUCUCCUAAAGCCCCGCUGGAGUUCCAGCUCUUAUCCAGACAGGAGACUGAAUGGGGAACCAUUAAAAUGACCUUUGAGGUCAAAGGUCCGAGUCACAUGUCUCUGUACUUGCGUCCUCACGCUGGUGUGUCUCUGAGCAGCUGGUCAUUCGGUGGAGGGACGCCGGGGUUCAACCUCAGCGGAAAGUAUUUCGUAUUUUACUCUCAUGGUCUCGACGCUGCGGCCUGGAACUUCUGGUUUGAGAUCCAGCCGCCCAAGUCCUCAGAUGCAUCUCCUGAUGAGGGCUGGAUCUCUCUGGCCAUCUCUGCUCAUUAUUUCUCUGGCUCAGACGGGCGCUCAGAGCAGCUCGAGUCCUUACUCAAGAGAUUCCCGGCCUGGGUGUUCCCGGCCUCAUGGAUCAGCACAUACCACAUGUACAGAUACUGAGGGCCACUUGCUCGAGGGCCCCGAUUUCUCUCUCUCUCACACACUCACACACACACACACACACACACACACACACACACACACACACACACACACAGCUGCCCCAUGAACACCAUACUAGCUCCUUCAUUCACAUCAACCAAAUUAUUAUGAUAAUUACACGUCUUACCACAAAUUCUCAUGUGACAUUUUAUUUUAUUCUGUUUUUUUUAUAGUAUUUUAUUUAUUUUUAGUUUGUUUUUGUAUUUGUCAUUUUAUUUAUCCUUAAUUUUACCGGGAAUAAUCAUAUUGAGAUGUAAAUCUACACAAAACAUGCACAUUUCCUUUAAGUAUGAGUGCUUCUAACAUCACAAUACUCUGCGUUUCAUUCCAUAACCUUAGAAGCAUAAGAGAAAAAGGCAGUUUUGCCAAACUCAGAACAUGCUCUGGGCACAAUUAAAAAUAAUUUAGAAGGAGAUCUGGUCCAAUAAUUACAAGUGUAAUAUGAUUUCUGAUUCUUAUUAAUGAAAUUCCAUGAUUUAAUAAACAGUUCAAUGUAUUUGGAUAAAUGUCAUGAAAAUAAUGCAAAACAUUUGAAAGGUUUUUGUUUUUGCUGUGAAAAGCCCUUGUUCCUGGCUCAUGCAGGUGCAUUCUUGUAGUGGUGAUGUCAUAACAUUCCUAUCAGAAAGGCGUUUACACUUGUCUUUAAUCCUCUGAUAUUUCACCUUCUAAUAUUGAUUUAUCAUUUUUAACAGUGGAGGAUGAAGUACCUGAGCCACACUUAAAGUAAAAGUACAGAUAUCUUACUAGAAAUUUACUAAAGUCACCAUUUAAAAUCUUUCUUGAGUAAAAGUUUUUAAAGUAUGUGAUAUUUAUUGUACUCAAGUAUGAAAAGUAUAUAUAUAUUUUUAAUAUCAAACGUCCUUAAAAGUAAGUAGAUAAAGAAAAAGUACAAGUCAAUGCAUAAUGGAAAAGGAGCAAAUAAAUGUGUUUAAAAAAUGUUUAUACACAGUUCGAGCAGCAAGAUUGUGUUCAGUUUUAACUCUUUCUUCCAUUUUGUCAAGGUACUUAGUCUCUUUUAUUCCAACAUACAGUAAGAAAACAUUUCUGGGUCCCACUUUAUAUUGUGUCCCUAAUACCUGUGUACUUACACUGUAGUUACAUACUAGUAACUAUGUAAGUACAAAUUGGUACAUCGUAUCUACAGCUCUAAUGUUUGUGUAACUACACACAUGUAACAAACCACUGAAUGGUAUGUGUAAGUACAAAUGUGUAACAGGACAUUGGUAACACCACUUCCUGUUAAUGAAAGUACAAAUGU